CUCCUGCCCCUGGCGCCUUUGUAACUCCCCUGCCGCCGCACCACAAAGAGCCCGCCAACCCCAGAGCUGGGACUUACACCCGAGACCAGGGAGAAGGUGGUGAGCUGAGCACAGUCACAAGCAGAUGGCUUCCUCAGACCCGUCUCCUCAGCCUGCAGUAGGAGACCAGCCAACUCAGGAUGUCCCAGGGACUUCUCCUGAGGCUGAGGAGGACCCUGGAGAGGCUUUUGAGUUUGAUGACAGUGAUGAAGAGGAAGAGGACUCCAGGACAGGCCCGGAGAAGGAUGGAGAAGCCCCACUCAUCCACUUUGAUGCUGCCCCCAUCAUUGAUCCUGCAGCUGCUCAGCCCCAGACAGAGAUCCUGGCGGUGGUGAGCAAUGGGGAACCUGUGGGAGCCGGGAUUCGGCGUUCCAGCUGGAAACGAAAGAGCUCUCGUCGAGUUGAUCGGUUCACUUUCCCCAUCCUGGAAGAAGAUGUGAUUUACGAUGACGUGCCCUGUGAGAAUCUGGACUCUCAAAAGCAUGGGUCAGAGAGGAGCCUGAUUUAUGAGAAUGUCCACCGAGAAGGGGGCCCAAGGGAUUCAGAAGACCUAGGCUGGAGCUCCAGUGAGUUUGAGAGUUACAGUGAAGACUCUGGAGAGGAAGAGGUUAAACCAGAAGUGGAGCCCACCAAGCACCGGGUGUCUUUCCAGCCCAAGAUGACCCAGCUCAUGAAGGCUGCCAAGAGCGGGACCAAGGAUGGGCUGGAAAAGACGAGGAUGGCGGUCAUGCGCAAAGUCUCCUUCCUGCACAGGAAAGAAGUCCUAGGUGACUCAGAGGAGGAGGACAUGGGGUUCCUGGAAGUCACUGUUUCUGAUAUCAAGCAUCCAGCUCCGGAAUUAGGCCCCAUGCCAGAUGGCCUCAGCCCUCAACAGGUGGUGAGACGUCACAUCUUACGGUCCAUUGUGCAGAGUGAGGGGAGCUAUGUGGAGUCCCUGAAACGGAUCCUUCAGGAUUAUAGAAACCCCCUGAUGGAGAUGGAGCCUAAGGUGCUGAGUGCCCGCAAGUGCCAGGUGGUCUUCUUUCGCCUUAAGGAGAUUCUGCAGUGCCACUCCAUGUUUCAGAUUGCCCUGUCUUCCCGCGUGGCUGAGUGGGAUGCAACGGAGAAAAUUGGCGACCUCUUUGUGGCUUCGUUCUCCAAGUCCAUGGUCUUGGAUGUGUACAGUGAUUAUGUCAACAACUUCACCACUGCCAUGUCCAUCAUCAAGAAAGCCUGUCUGACCAAGCCAGCGUUCCUGGAGUUCCUCAAGAGGCGGCAGGUGAGCAGCUCGGAUCGAGUCACUCUCUAUGGGCUGAUGGUGAAGCCCAUCCAGCGGUUUCCUCAGUUCAUCCUUCUCCUUCAGGACAUGCUGAAGAACACCCCCAAAGGCCACCCAGACAGGCUGUCCCUCCAAUUGGCCCUCACAGAGCUGGAGACGCUGGCUGAGAAACUGAAUGAGCAGAAGCGGCUGGCUGACCAGCUGGCCGAGAUCCAGCAGCUGACCAAGAGUGUGAGCGACCGGAGCAGCCUCAACAAGCUGCUGACGUCAGGCCAGCGACAGCUGUUGCUGUGCGAGACCCUGACAGAGACGGUGUAUGGGGACCGUGGGCAGCUCAUCAAGUCCAAGGAACGCAAGGUUUUCCUGCUCAAUGACAUGCUGGUGUGUGCCAACAUCAACUUCAAGCCUGUCAACCACAGGGGGCAGCUGGAGAUCAGCAGUCUGGUCCCCCUCGGCCCUAAAUACGUGGUGAAAUGGAACACAGCCCUUCCCCAGGUACAGGUGGCGGAAGUGGGCCAGGAGGGUGGCACCUAUGACAAGGACAACGUCGUCAUUCAGAAUGCUGGCGCCAAGAAGUCUUCUCCGGCUAGCCAGGCCCACAACAAGGUGUACCUUGGUCCCCCUCGCCUCUUCCAGGAGCUGCAGGAUUUGCAGAAGGACUUGGCUGUGGUUGAGCAGAUCACCCUGCUUAUCAGCACCCUCCAUGGCACUUAUCAGAAUUUGAACAUGACAGUAGCUCAGGAUUGGUGCCUUGCCCUACAAAGGCUGAUGCGGGUGAAGGAAGAGGAAAUCCACUCUGCUAAUAAGUGUCGUCUCCGUCUCCUGCUCCCUGGAAAGCCAGACAAGUCUGGCCGGCCCAUCAGCUUCAUGGUGGUUUUUAUCACACCCAACCCCUUGAGCAAGAUCUCCUGGGUGAAUCGUCUACACUUGGCCAAAAUUGGGCUCCGGGAAGAGAAUCAGCCUGGCUGGAAAAGCCCUGAUGAAGACAAAAAGAGCAAAGCCCCCUUCUGGUGCCCAAUUUUGUCCUGUUGCAUCCCUGCCUUUUCCUCUCGCACCCUCAGCCUUCAGCUCAGGUCCCUGAUCCACAGUCCGGUCCACUGCCCUCUCCUGGGCUUCUCCGCAGUCAGCACAUCCCUCCCUCAGGGCUACCUCUGGGUUGCCGGUGGGCAAGAUGGUGCUGGUGGCCAGGUGGAGAUCUUCUCACUGAACCGGCCCACGCCUAGAAUGGUCAAGUCCUUCCCUGUGGCCUCCCCGGUGCUCUGCAUGGAAUACAUUCCGGAGAAGAAGGAGGAGGAUGAGCACCAAGAGUCAGGCAGGGCAGCCCCUGAGCCCCCAUCUGUGGUUCAUCCAACCGUCUGCCUCGGGCUUCAGGACGGGAGCAUCCUUGUAUAUGGCAGUGUGGACACGGGGACUCAGUGCUUGGUCACCUGCAAAAGCCCGGGUUUGCAGCCUGUCCUCUGCCUCUGCUACAGCUCCCACUACCUCUUUGCUGGUCUGCAGGAUGGUACCGUCGCUGCCUACCCCCAGAGCAGUGGAGGCCUAUGGGAAAUGGAGAGCCCACCCACCUGCUUGACUGUGGGCCCAGGGCCCAUCCGUACCCUCCUGAGCCUGGAGGACGCCGUGUGGGCCAGUUGUGGGCACCAGGUCACUGUGCUGGACGCUACCACCUUGCAGACUCAGCAAAGCUUUGAGGCGCACCAGGAUGAGGUGGCUAGUGUGACGCAUAUGGUGAAGGCGGGCAGUGGUGUUUGGAUGGCCUUUUCCUUGGGAUCCUCCAUUCGCCUCUUCCACACAGAGACUCUUGAACACCUCCAGGAGAUCAACAUUGCCACACGGACCACCUUCCUCAUGCCAGGCCAGAAGCACGUCUGUGUCACCAGCCUGCUCAUCUGCCAGGGCCAGCUCUGGGUGGGCACUGACCAGGGCAUCAUCGUUCUGCUGCCUGUCCCCCGACUGGAGGGUAUUCCCAAGAUCACAGGAAAAGGCAUGGUCUCCCUCAAUGGGCACUGUGGGCCAGUGGACUUUCUAGCUGUGGCCACCAGCACUUUGGCUCCAGAUAUCCUGAGGAGUGACCAGGAUGAGGCAGAAGAGGAGAAAGGUGAGGGUCCAUCCCACGAGCCUCCACCUGCACCAGAUAGCCACCCGACCCGAGAGCUGGUCCAUAAAAAGGGCAUUCUCCUUCAGUACCGCCUGCGCUCCACGGCACACCUGCCAGGACCCCUCCUCUCAGUCCGUGACCCCCCAGACCCCGAUGGGACAGCCCUGGCCCACAGCGAGGAAGAUGGCUCUAUCUACGAGAUGGCAGAUGACCCCGAUGUCUGGGUCCGCAGCCGGCCCUGUGCCCGCGAUGCUCACCGUAAGGAGAUCUCCUCAGUGGCCAUCAUUUCUGGAGGGCAGGGAUACCGCAACUUUGGUGGUGGUGGAAGGCCAGCCUUGGGCAGCGAGACAGACAGCACCCUGCUCAUCUGGCAGGUUCCCUUGAUGAUCUAGCCCACCCUCACUCCUCCAACCUCACUCACUCUUGCUUGUCUCGCACGGUGCCUUGCACUGCUCUGGGACUGGCAUCAUGCCACCCUGGCCUCCCUGGGCAUUGAUUUCCCACAGUGACUCUUCCUCUAUUUUCUGUCAGGCUGGGGUCAAACUGAGAUGGAAAAGAAGUGACUUCUUCAUGUGCCAGCUGCUUUGUAGGGUAAAAUAGGGCUUGAGGAGCUCUCUUGGCUAAAGGGGGAGAAAACUUUUUAAAACAAACAAAAAAAACUUUCAAAGGGUGUUUUUUUUUCUUUUGGUUUGGGGUUCUAGGUAUGGGAGGGAAUCUUUGGAGAAAAUGGUCUUUUAAAAUAAAUAUAUAUGCGUUUUAUAUAUAUGUAUAUAUAUGUGUAUAUAUAUACAUAUAUGAACAUCACAACUGCCAAUCAAGGUACUGUCCUCACGGGCUUAAGGGCAGGAUUAGAUUUUACAAAGCUCACCUCUCUAAAGAUGCGUGCUUGUGCAAGGGUGUGUAUGUGUGUGUGUGUGUGUGUGUGUGUGUGUGUGUGAGAGAGAGAGAGAUGUGUGCCUCUGUAUAAAUAAAUAAGUAUAUAUAGUGUAUAUUAUUUAUGUAUAAAUAAAGUCUGUAUAUAUUGGUGCAUUGGGAGAGUCAAAAAUAAAGGCAGAGUUAAUGUCU